UUGGAAUUUCGAAAGAAACAGGAUUCGCAUUGAAUCUUUCGCCGCCUCAGUUUACCUAUCCAUACAAUGGAAAGAUUGGCUCACAGCAUAGCUGCCCCUCUAGUUGGUACUAAUAUUUACUGAUAACCUCCCUCUUAUUCUCCAGGUAUUUCUUAUAAUCCUCCAUUUUGCAGACUUCUUUAACAGACUAAUGUUUCUGGGAGCAAGAAAAUGCCAUCCUUUUUUGAAGUUUUUAAGACACAGUGCAGCGAAUCAGAUUUAGGGCCCAUAAGCCUUAACUGGUUUGAAGAACUUACUUCAGAAGCUCCACCCCAUAAUUAUGAAAUUUCAGAAGACCAUGGAAAUAAAACUGAAAUUAUUGAGCUGAAUUCUUUUAAAACACCACAGCGAAAACCUUUUACUUAUAAUCAGCUGGCAUCAACACCAUUAAUCUUCAAAGAACAGAAUGUGAAUUUUUCCUUGUAUUCCUCUCCUUUAAGAGGUCCAGAUCAUUGUAAAUUAGACUUAGGUAAGGAUAAUGCAAUUGAUAAAGAACUCAGGAAAAGUCAUUGCAUAAUAAAGACCAAAUUAGGUCAAGCAAUUGAUGCUACCAGUCCACUUCUCAAUGCUUGUCUCAGUGAAAGUCCAGUCGUUUUACGAGGCACAUACAGAACUCCACAGAGGGAAAAGCCUGUGGCAUAUGGAAAUUUAUUUUAUACUCCUAAACUAAUGAAGGUUAAUACACCAAAACACAUUUCUGAAAGUCUGGGAGCAGAAGUGGAUCCAGAUAUGUCUUGGACUAGUUCUUUGGCCACUCCUCCCACCCUCAGUUCAACUGUGUUAAUAGUCAGAGAUGGUCAGACUUCUGGAGCUAGGACUCCUAAUGAUACUACAAUUAUGUUGCAAAAAUCUUUAUCUCAGCAUGGUGAAAGUCAUAAGAGACUUGAUAGGACCACUUCUUCUGUACCAAAUAUUGAAAAUACACAUGCAGAAGGCUCUGUCACAAGCCAAGAACUGGAAAAAAUGAUAGAUGAUUCAUUUGGUGAUGGAAAUAGCUUUGAAGACCAUGAUGGAAAGAUGAUGAAAAAUAUACCAAAUGUUAUGGAAGAUGAAAUGUGUGGUCCAGCCAUUGAUACACCUGUAGAAGAUGAUGCUUCAUUUAGUUUUCCUGAUUAUAAAAUAGGAAGCCUACGAAAAGUAAAACUUGACAAGACCAGGAAAAAAUAUUUUAAAAUGAAAACUAAUGAAUGUGAAGAAACUGAAAGAUUAAAUAAGGAUAGGUGUUCAAAUAUUUCUGAAACUGAACUAGAAUACUGUUAUCCAUCUAUUUCAAAAGUUACAAAAAAUGAAAUUCAGAAGCCCAUUGAGAAUGUUAAUGAAGAAUUGUUGAAGGAUGAUGUUCCAUCCUCAGCAACAGAAUGGUCUCAACUAAAUCUCUCUGGUCUAAAUGUAACACAGAUAGAGAAAACACCACUGCCACAUAUUUCUUUUUGUGACGAAGAUUCGGGAGAAAGAUCAACAAAUUCAGACAGUGAAUGUUCCAACCUCAUUACUUUAAAAAAUGUGGAAAUAUCAACUUGUGAGAAGGAUGAAGGGAAAAUUACCAUAUCUCAGAAAGAAACUGUUCUAUUAUUAAAACAGGCAUCCCCUGAAAUUUCUCCUUUGAAAUCUUUAUCUCAAAAUAGAAAAAGUUCCACAUUCGAGAUGGGACAAACAUCUGAAGAAACCAUCAGCAUGGAUUGUUCUUCCUUUUGCACAGUCAACACAAACAUUACUACAGAAUCUAAAAUUCUUGGAAAUAAACUGGAAAAUCCCAACUCUUCUGUAAAUGAUAUUGUUUGUCCUGGAGAGCAUAGUUUCUUAUUUCCAUAUACAGAUAAUAAAGGACACUGUCCAACAAUUACCAAAUGUAACUCAUCAUCUUUGAACAGUAAAGGUAUAAUAUCUCAUUUAAAAACGAAGACAAAAAAGUUUAUUUAUGUGGUGAAUGAUGAUUCAUCUUGUCAAGAUGAAAAUAUACAAAAAUCUCAAGAAAUAGAAUCAGUGAACUAUUCUGAAUCAUCCCAUUUAGAAUUGAGUUCUUCUGGUAUACAUCCUGAAUUCACACAUGCUGUUUCAGAUUUUUUGGAUUCCUCUGUCAAAAGAAAGUGUUUACAGUUUAAUCCUGAAGAAGAGACUGUCUCCUUAACUGGUUGUGACAAAACAAUGCUGGAAGAAUAUUUUAAUGAAAGCAGUUUUCUUCAAAAUGAAGUAACAUCUCAGGGUAUAGAUUUUAAAGAAGUAAAAAUAAAGAAAGGGGAUCCAGAGUCUGCUGUAACAGAAGAUGAAAAAAAAGACCACACCAAUGCUUCAAAAAAUCCAAUAGUUUCAAAUAUAAAAGAACGAGCCUUGGCUGCAGCACAUCUCCUGGCAAAAAAAUAUACAGAAAUAGAAUUGGGGAAUAUUGGACAGAAUAUUCACCUAACAACAAAAAACAGAACUUUAAACGGCUCUACUAAUUCCAUUAUUAAUACUUUAACUCAGCUUCCUCAGGAUCCACCAGAAUUUUCUGUUGUGACUGAUGAAGAAAAGGAACCUUUAUGCAAAAUGAAACAAAAACUAAGGUUUAGGAGAAACUCUGAUUCAACUUUUGUUACAAAUAAUUCUGAAUUUCCUGACAGCCACUUUAAGAAGAAUCAAGAAACUGACAUUUUACAUCAGAUUUCAGGAAAAUCUCAACAAAUAUCAUCUGAAAAAUGCAAAGAAAUAUCAUCAAUUUCCUUGGGGACACAGGUCAACAGAAAUACUGACUUCUUUGUAAGCCUGAGAGAUCAAGAAAAAACUGUCCUGCUUACAGAAAAAACAUCUCUAGAACCAUAUCCUGAGGAACAUUUGCCUUUGAAUAAAAGUGAUUUCCUUUUUCAAACAAUAGAAAAAAAACACAUGCAGAUUAUGGACAGUUCUGAAGAACUUGAAACUAAUUUCUGUUAUUUAGGAGAGCCUAUUUCUGAGAACUCUACAGAAAUAGAUUGUAAACAGACAGUUCAAGAGUUGUGCACAGAGGACUUUUUUUUAUUAAAGGUGAUUCCUGAAUUUACAGGAGACAGUCAAAAUAAAAAUCAAGCUCCAAAAUUGACUUAUGAAUGUGCAUCACCCUGUAAAAAUCUUUAUUCAAAAAGGACUAUUGAUGCUAAUGUGAAAUCAAAGACAAAUGAAGAUAAUUAUUUGGGAAAAUGGACAGGAAAUUUUGAUCUUGAUUUAGAUAAGAAUUUUGGUAAUGGAUUCAAAACAGCUUCCAAUAAGGAAAUAAUACUCUCUGAAAACGAUAUUAAUAAAGGGAAACUUUUUUUCAAAGAUAUUGAACAGCACUAUAACAAUUGCUCUUCCAUAGAAAUGAAUACUUCAAUAGCAGAAAAUGUCAAGAUUGAUUUAGAUACUAAAAACCAAAUUAAGAAUUCUAUCUCAGCUUGGAAUUCAGAAGCAAGCCAUACUAUAUCUAAGGAUAUUCAGAAUAACAUAAUUGUUAUUAAUAAGAAAGAUACCAAUGUAACUCUGGAAGAUUUAACUUUAAAAAAAGAUCUUGAUCUUAAUCAUAGUUUAACAGCUAGCCAAAAAGCAGAAAUUACAGAGCUUUCCACAAUAUUAGAAGAGACUGGAAGCCAGUUUGAAUUUACACAGUUCAAAAAACAAAGUCCUACAAUACAGAUACAUGAAAUAUCCACCAACCAAACAGGAAAUCAAUUAGAUAACUUAAAUACUUAUGAGGUCCAGCGCACUUUUGAACUUGAUGGAUAUUUUGGAGCAAAAAACGAGAUAGGUAAUAGCAGAACUCCGGAUUUAAAUGUGAACUCUGAAAUGGUAAUAAAUAUGCAACAAGAAACUGUUGCUCUCUCUAGACAAGUCAACUCCACUGCUACUUUCGCUGAAAAUGAAAUGGAGUUUAAAGGGUUUUGUUCUGCUCUUGGUAGAAAGAUGAAUGUUUCUAAUGAAGCUUUACAAAAAGCUCUGAAAUUAUUUAGUGAUAUUGAGGAAAUUGGUGAGGAAAUGCCUCUGCAAAAUUUUAGGAAUAGUUCCUUAGAAAGAAGUCAUAAGUCUAACAUUGUUUCUACAUUCAAAAUUGCAAAUCAUAAUAAUAAUGAAGAUUUUAAAGGGAAAGAUGCUAAAUAUGUACCGAAACCACAAAACAACGUUGAGAAUUAUACUGACGUUUUUGUUGAGGAAAAGGUAGUAAAUUCCAGCAGAGACCCAGAAAAUAUAAAGAGUAGUUGUCCAUUAUCUAUUAGUUCACAUGAAGAUAAUUGUACAUUUAAAAGAUCUGUUGUUCCUAAUUCAAAUAAUAACUGUCAUAGAGAAAUAAAUGGUUUGUCAUUGAAUGGCCAACAAAAUAUACCUCUGAAAAUGUCUAACCAACUUAUGAAACAAGAAAAUUACCAAAUUAAAGAAGAAUUGUUAGAUUUAACUUGCUUGGGAGAAACUGUUAAAGAUGAAGAAAUGUUUACUUUGAAUAUAAACCAAGUGGAACAAUUGAUUUCUAAUCAAAAGGAGCAAAAAAUUAGGGAAAACCACAGCUUUCAUGACUUACAGCAUUUCCAGACUGCUAGUGGUAGAAAUAUUAUGGUCUCUAAGGAAUCUUUCAAUAAAGUUGCACACCUGUUUGCCAAGGAAUGCUCAGUAAAAGAAUUAAAUGAUUUUUCAUUUCCUUCUAUUUCAAAAAGGCCAAAUGUUGCCUAUAAUAAACUAACAGAACCUUCAGUAAAAGAGGAACAAAACUUACUUGAAAGUGAAACAGAAGAAAUGCUUUUUGGUAUCACUAAAAAUCAAUUGGUGUCUAUCCAACAGGAACCAAAAAUUGAAAACAAAAAAUGUAAAGACCAUAGUAUGGUGGGUUUUCAUACUGCUAGUGGGAAAAAGGUUACAAUUUCAAAGGAAUCUCUGGCUAAAGUAAAGCACAUUUUUGUUGAGGAAGAUUUGAAAAAUGAUGUUACUAACAUUAAGAAUAUUGAGAUAGAAUUUUUUCAGGAAAGAGAAAAAGCUAAUAAAAAACAUGGACAAGCUUGUGAAAUGGUUGAGUUAAAUAAUGCCCAAGUUUGGGAAGAAAUACCAAGUUACCAGAAUGAUGAUGAAAAAAUCCUUGUUUCUUCUACAACUGCAGAUCUGUCUAAAAAACUUGAUAGUGCUCUCUCUAAUGAAUCUUCAAAUGAUAUUUUAUUUGAAAGAAAAUUAUCUGAAAAUAAGGAAAGUAAAGAAAAUUGUUUGUUGUCUGAUACUAAAAAGUCCACUGGUUUGCCUGUUGAAAUUUCAGGUUUGGGAUUUUACACAGGACAUGGUAAACGUAUUUCUGUAAGUGAGACAUCAUUAUUGAAAGCAAGAAAAUGGCUUAGAAAUAGAGAUUUACAAGAUUUAGGAGGAAAAACUGAAGCUUCAGGUAUGUUUGUUUCUUCUGUUGAUGAGGUCAUACAUUUAAAAGGAGACCCUGAUGUCCAUGUAGAGAAGCUUGUGCCUUUAAAUGUUUCAUGUGAGACAUCGUCAAUUGAAGAUGGCAAAAAUUGUAUCUCUGAUAAGCAAGAUUCAGUUAAUUUAAGUAAUAAUGUAUCAAACAUUAAACAUAAUUUAAAACAUGACCCUAAAAGGUCUGGUUUUUAUCAUUCAGAUAAUGCAGAUUUCUUCCUAGAACAUAUCUCUGAUAAAGGAAUGUCGUGUCUUCAGGCAAGACCACCUGCGUUCACUACAGCAAGUGGCAAGGCAGUUCACAUUUCAAAUGAAGCAGUACAGAAAGCAAGAGAAAUGUUUAUAAAUGAUUGUGAUAAGGUCCUUAAGCCAAACAUUGAAACAAAAUUUAAAAGUAAUGAAAUGGAAGUGGUAAAAGAUUUUUCUGAGACAUUGGGAAACAAAAAAGACAUUGCAAAUACAAAAUGUAGUAAUUUAGCACAACUUCAAAGUAUGUCUACAAGUACUGGAUCAGAAGUGAACUCUGAACUGUCACAUCAUAAAAUAAAUUCCCAAACUUCUGAUUUGUCUAAAUCUAUGGAAAGAAUGCCCAAGUGUAGCUCAUCUGUUGGGAUUUUUUAUACAGCAAAUGGCAAACCUGUACAAGUAUCAGAUAAUUCAUUAAAGAAAGCCAGACAAGUAUUUUCUGAAAUAGAAAAUAAUUCUGAGCAAUUAUUUUCCAUGGUACCCUUUAAAAAUAGUGAAAGCCAUAUGGAAACAUUAACCAAAGAAGAAAACACAACACUACAUGUAAAAACUAACCUACCAUCACAAAAGAAAGACUAUUUAAGUGAUAUGGUAAAUUCACAUAACAAGUCUGGAUUUAGUACAGCAAGCGGAAAACAUGUUUUAAUCUCAGAAAAUGCACUAAAGAAAGUUAAAGAAAUGUUAGUAGAAUUUGAUUUAAUGAAAAAUGAAAGUUUAGAGCAUUUACCUGAAUUUACACAAAAUGUUACACCAAAAGUUUUGUCUCCUAUCCAUUGUAUUGAUGAUAGUAAAAACCCAGAAUAUGUUGUAAAUUCCAAAAAUGAAGAAACUUGUAAUAAAGAGUUUAAUUUUUCAAAUAAUUGUGAUGCUGAAACAAAUUAUUUAGAAAAUUGUACCACUACUAGAGUUUCUUGUAAUCAAUUUAAGCAAAAUGAGAUGCAGACACCUUUAGAAACCAAUUUGAUGCCUGAAAAAAAUUUUUCAUUUUUGAAGAAAAAGCAAAGUGGCCCUAAGAAUGUGAAUAUAGAAGGGGAUGAAACUUUAAAUGAUUUUCUUGUCAAAGAAAGCCUACAAGCUUCUCAUUCCAAAGCCCCAGAAAAUUCUCUUGAAAGAGAAGCAAUGGAAAUUGCCAAUGCUUUUAUGCAAGAUGAUGAACUCACAGAUUCUGAAUUGCCUCAUAAUGCUAGACAGAAUUUUAUUACUUAUAAAAACAAAGAAAAAUGCAUGCAGCUAAAUUCAAGAUUUGGGAAAAGAAGAAUGGAAAAGCGUGCCUCAUAUGGAGAACCCCCAAUUAAAAGAAAAUUAUUAUAUGAAUUUGACAGAGUGGUGGAAAAUCAAGAAAAAUCUUUAAAACCUUCAAAAAGCAGUCCAGAUGGCACAAUGAAAGAUAGGCGAAUGUUUAUGCACCAUAUUCCCUUAAAGCCACUUAUUUGUGAUCCCUUUAGCACAACUAAGGAACGACAAGAAAUGCGGCAUCCCAAUUUUACUGCACCUGAUCAAGGAUUUACAUCCAAAUCUCCUUUUUUUAAACGCCAGACUUUGGGAAAUUCCAGCUAUAAGUCAUUUUUGGAAAGUCCAUUAUAUAAAAUUUUCUCUACAAAUGAUGGAAAGAUGCAACCCAAUACUGUUCUAAACAAGCCUUCCAAAGUCUUUGUUCCACCUUUCAAAACUAAGUCAAACUCUUUCACAGAUGAACAGUAUGUCAGUAAGAGACUUAAGUUGAAGAUAAAGGAGCAUACACAAGGAAACGAGAAGCAAAAAUAUAUAGAUGGACAUAAGACUAGAGACAAUGAAAACAAUGAAAAUUAUCUCACUGACAAAGAUAACUACAAUCAAGCAACAACUGAUGUUUUUGAAGAGUUUGGAAACUCAACUCUAGAGAUGAAUAAAAAUCUUCAGGAUGCCAGAGAGUUGCAAGAUAUGAGAAUUAAAAAGAAACAGACACAACAGAUUCAUCCACAGGCAGGCACUCUGUAUCUUACAAAAACAUCUACCAUCCCUAGAAUAUCUCUCAAAGUAGCAGUAGAAGGCAGAGUUCCCUCUACUUAUUCCAGUAAACAGUUGUAUAUGUAUGGGGUUUCAAAACAGUGCUCAAGAAUUAACAGCAAAAAUGCAGAGUCUUUCCAAUUUGACAGUCAAGAUUACUUUAGUAAGGAGUAUUUAUUGGAUGGAAAUGGAAUACAACUGGCUGACGGUGGGUGGCUUAUCCCAAAUGAUGAAGGAAAGCUUGGAAAAGAAGAAUUUUAUAGGGCUCUAUGUGAUACUCCUGGUGUUGAUCCAAAACUUAUUACUAAAACCUGGGUAUAUAACCACUAUAGAUGGAUUAUAUGGAAACUAGCAGCCAUGGAAUUUACCUUUCCUAAAGAAUUUGCUAGUAGGUGCUUAACUCCAGAACGGGUGCUUCUCCAACUGAAAUAUAGAUAUGACAUAGAAAUUGAUAAGUGCAGAAGAUCAGCUAUUAAAAAGAUAAUGGAAAGAGAUGAAACAGCUGCAAAAACAUUGGUGCUUUGUGUUUCUGAAAUAAUUUCAUCAGGAACAAAUAUGUCUAUAGCUGCCAACAGUAAAAACAAUAAGGUGGACACCAAAAAAGAAUCAGCAGUUAUAGAAGUUACAGAUGGAUGGUAUGCAAUUAAGGCACUGUUAGACAUUCCCCUAUUAGCUCUCUUACAUAGGGGCAAAUUGACUGUUGGUCAGAAGAUUAUAACUCACGGAGCAGAACUGAUAGGCUCUCAGGAGGCAUGCACACCUUUUGAAGCUCCGCCAUCUCUUAUGUUAAAGCUUUCAGCUAAUAGCACUCGUCCUGCUUGUUGGUAUACCAAACUGGGCUUCUUUUCAGAUCCCAGACCUUUUUCAUUGCCCUUAUCAUCACUCUUUAGUGAAGGCGGAAAUGUUGGCUGUGUGGAUAUAGUUGUUCAAAGAGUUUAUCCUACCCAGUGGAUGGAGAAAACAUUAUCUGGAUUAUAUAUAUUUCGUAAUGAACGAGCAGAAGAAAAGGAAGCUUUAAAGCAUGCAGAAUGUCAGCAAAAAAAACUGGAAGCCUUACUUACAAAAAUACAAGCAGAAUUUGAAAAACAUGAAGAAAACAGUGCAACACAGCAUGGGCUGUCACGUAUUUUAACAAGACAGCAGGUUCGUGCUUUGCAGGAUGGUGCAGACCUUUAUGAAGCAGUUAAAAACGCACCAGAUCCAGCUUACAUUGAGGGCUGUUUCAGCAAAGAGCAAUUAAGAGCUUUGAAUAAUCACAGGCAGAUGUUGAAUGAUAAAAAGCAAGCGCAGUUACAGUCAGAAUUCAGAAAAGCUGUAGCAGCUGCUGAAAUGGAGGAACAAGGAUUGUCCAAAAGAGAUGUGACUAUGGUUUGGAAGUUACGAGUCGUUAACUAUGGGAAACAAGAGAAAGAUUCAGUUAUACUGAGCAUCUGGCGUCCAUUAUCAGAUAUAUAUUCUCUACUAAAGGAGGGAAAUCGAUACAGAAUCUAUCACUUGGCAGCAUCACCAUCUAAAAGCAAAUCUGAUAGCACGCAUAUCCGAUUAACAGCAACAAAGAAAACUCAAUAUCAGCAGUUGCCGGUCUCUCAUGAAACACUGUUCCAAGUUUAUCAACCAAGGGAAGCAUUGCCAUUGAGCAAGUUGGUGGAUCCAUCCUUUCAACCACCUUUUGCUGAAGUAGACGUAGUGGGAUUUGUAGUUUUCAUCACCAAAAAACCAGGUAUUGCACCUUUGGUGUACUUGUCAGAUGAAUAUUAUAAUUUACUAGCAAUAAAAUUCUGGAUAGACCUUAAUGAAGAUGUUAUUAAACUAAAUACAUUGCUAGCUGCAAGCAACCUUCAAUGGAGAACAGAGUCCAGAUCAGGAAUUCCUACCUUAUUUGCUGGAGAAUUUUCUUCGUUUUCUGCCAGUCCAAAGGAAAGUCAUUUUCAAGAGACAUUCAACAGAUUGAAAAGUUCUGUUGAGAAUAUUGACCUGUUUUGCAAUGAUGCAGAAAGUAAACUUAUUCAUCUACACAACAUACAUAAUUCCAAACAACCAAAUACAGUCAAGGAAUAUAAUUUAGACUCACCAUCUCCUCAAGCAAAACUUGGCCUGGGGCAUGUGAUAACCUCUUUUCAUAGCGAACCAAGUCAUCGCUGUCCUGAAGGGAAUUCUGGUCUUACCACUAGCUCAGACAAAAUAACUCCAACGUCAGAUUGUAGAGGAAACAGAAAAAUGGAUGACCCCAAAAUCUGCAAAAAGAGAAGAUCAUUGGAUUUCUUCAGUAGACUGCCUUUACCUCCACCAAUUAGCCCAAUUUGUACUUUUGUUUCUCCAGCUGCACAGAAAGCAUUUCAGCCACCACGGAGCUGUGGCAACAACUAUAGCAGCAAGCCCAUUAAGAAAAAUACAUUGAAUUCUCCUCCAAUGACAACAUUAAAAACAUUAAGUGGAACAAAUAUGGUAGAAAAUGAUUUGAUUGCAGAUGAAGAACUGGCUUUGAUAAAUACACAAGCCCUUUUGUCUAAUUCAUCUGAAUAAAAUUAAGUAAAUACUAAAAAUUCAUAGAUCCAUUAGCAUAGACAUGGGAAAUAUUUCUUAAAUCAUUAUUGAAGAAAUUAAAAUUGGUAAGUAAAAUGAAAUGUUUUAUCAGAAAAGCUCAAAGUGACAAAAAAAAAAAAAGAGACAAGAAGCAAUAUCACAUCCUUUAUUUCUGAUUCUGUUUUGUAAAGACUUGUAUAAUUUGUACUUGUAUAUAUGUAUUCAAAAAAAUUUUAAAUAUAAUAACGUGAAAUGGGAGGAAAUUGUCUUAUUUUCAAGAUUCUAUAAGUAUUCAUAAGGAUAUAUGUAUGUAUUUAUUUAAUGGGGAAACAUGCUUUAAAUUAAAAGUUGUAUUUUUCCACUGUUUACA